CAUCUAGAAGAAACAGACAGACUGAAUAUUACCAACAAAGAAGAACUGAAAAGAAUCUAUAAUGAUUUUAAAAAGACGCAUAAUGAUUUAACAAAUUUUUCCUCAACAAUCUAUGGACUUGAAAUGAUUGGGAAAGCUGUGAAAAAUGGUAACAACAUUCAACUGUUCAAGGAUUCUAGGGUAACGUCAUCACUGACAGAUCAGUGGGUAGCCAUUCACAGAGGCAAUGAACCUAUGAUUAUUCCCCCUGCUCAGGGUGGGACAAGCUAUUCAAAACCAAAAGCACGUAAAAUUAUUCAGUGGCUGAAGAGUAACAGACGAGCAUUCAUCUGUGGGAAAAAUGGCAUUCAGAUUACAUCCGAGCAUGACCUCACUGAUGGUCGUAUAAGGUUUCCUCUACCACCAAAUGUUGAAAAGUUCUUGCCCAUUUCUAUUAAGAACACAUCUAAUGAGUCAGUGACUUUUGUCCAGUACAAAUGUUUACGUAGGAUGGGUAUCUUUUCUUUCCAUGAUGAGCACAGUGUGUCUGCUUCUAAAACGUUACUGCUGAGUCCAGGAGCUGUGUAUGAGGUUCAGAUUCAUGCCUCGACUGCUUUCUCUGGAUAUUUUCCUGUAACCCUUGUGUUUGAAUUCCUGAAAGGAAAUGGUGAAACUGGAGAUGGUUUUCUUAUUGGAAGGUUUAUAUCUGCUGUGUCUACCAGUAAAUUAGCAGAGGAUCUGGCUCCAACAACAAGAUAUGUUCCUUAUCAAAGAAAUCUUCUUAAGAAAGUAGAGAGGAUAGAGGUGGAUGGCAUACCACCAAAUGGGUCUUUCAGUUCUGAAUUGGAAAGGGAAGUUCCUCUUGGUGACUUCCUUCUAUCUUUACGCCUGAAGCACAGCAUAAGAGCAGGAAUGUUCUCAAAAGAAAAAAUGAAAACUAAUUCCACGCCAGCAUUUACAGAACAAAGGAACAUGCUUUUAUCGGCUUUAGACUUCAACAAUUACAGUGAGAAGUUCCACAUGCUACUUCACCUUGAGGAACUACAAAUGGAGAUCGACAUCCGAAGAUAUGACCAGAAAGAACAAAGAAUGCAACAGCAUCCAAGAGACAGACGGCUCCUAAUUCUUGAUGUCCCUGGUGUGGCUGAAAACAGACCUUCAGUAUUAAAGGGAGACCACCUUUUUGUGAGUUUGUCUCAAGAGCCAGAGACGCCUGAAAAAGUUUCUUAUAAAGGUUAUGUGCAUGGUGUUGAAUUGGAGAGAAUCAGACUUGGAUUUUCCCAUCAACUUGUGAAUAGAUUUGUGAAUGGGAUGCUCUUUGAUGUUACGUUUACCUUUAACCGCUUGCCACUGAAGAUUCAUCACAGAGCCGUUGACCUGGCAGAACAGAAAAUGUUGAAAGAUGCCCUGUUUCCCACAUAUUCAAACAAGAAAUGCAUUGUGAGCACAGACAGUCUAAGUCUGUACGACCGGAAUCUUGAGUCUAAUCCAGAGCAAUACAUGGCUGUUAAACAAAUUGUAAGUGGUAUAUCCAGACCAGCACCUUAUUUCCUAUUUGGACCACCAGGCACUGGAAAAAACGUAACUUUGGUGGAAGCUAUCAAACAGGUGGUAAAGAACAUUCCCAAUUCCCAUGUACUAGCAUGCGCUCCUUCCAACAGCGCUUCAGACCUCCUGUGUCAGCGUCUGAUGAAGCAUAUGGACAAGAAAGACAUAUACAGAUUCUUAGCCAGCAGUAGGGACUUUCGAUUUGUGCCAGAGGAUAUUAAGCCUUGCUGUAACUGGAAUGCCAGAAAAGAAGAUUAUGAGUAUCCUAGUAAACAACAACUGAAAGAGUACCGAGUAAUCAUUACAACUCUUGUUACUGCUGGAAGACUUACAUCAGCAAACUUCCCAUCUGGCCAUUUCACGCAUGUGUUUAUUGAUGAGUCUGGCCAUGCAGUAGAGCCAGAGAGUGUGACAGCUGUGGCAGGUAUUUUGGAUGUAACGGCGGGAGGACAGCUCGUACUUGCUGGCGAUCCUAAACAGCUUGGACCAGUAUUAAGGUCCCCAAUUGCGAUAGAACAUGGAUUGGGUAUGUCUUUGCUUGAAAGACUAAUGACCCAUAAUCCUUUGUAUGGAAAGGCUAAUGGAGCUUAUAACCCAGAGUUUGUUACCAAGCUUCUAUUUAACUACAGAUCGCAUCCUGAUAUCCUAACUAUUCCAAAUGAACUGUUCUAUGACAACGAGCUACAGUCCAAAGCAGACCAAAUGGUUACACAUGCAUACUGCAACUGGGAAAAGCUGCCAAAAGAGGGAUUUCCGAUCAUUUUCCAUGGUGUGCUGGGUAAAGAUGAACGUGAAGGAAAUAGUCCAUCCUUCUUCAAUGUGGCUGAGAUUGUGGUGCUCAUGUCGUAUGUCAAAGCUCUGCUAGAGACACAGAUGAAGAAAGGAAUAGCAAAAAUCUCUGCCAAAGACAUUGGAAUCAUUUCUCCUUACAGGAAACAGGUGGAAAAGCUUCGGAAAGCGGUAGACAAGGAAUUUAAAGCUGUUCCCGACAUUAAAGACCUAAAGGUUGGAUCUGUGGAGGAGUUUCAAGGUCAGGAACGCAAGGUGAUUCUCAUAUCCACCGUACGAAGCACUAGGGAUUAUGUCCAGUUUGAUGAAGAAUUCAGUCUUGGUUUUCUGACAAAUCCUAAGAGGUUUAAUGUGGCUAUAACUAGAGCAAAGGCCCUCUUAAUUUUAGUAGGAAACCCAAUCAUACUUUCCAAAGAUCCUUACUGGGCAAGGUUUUUGAAAUUCUGUUCCGAGAAGGGAGGCAGCACUGGCAUCCAAAAUGAUAUCCUUGAUGAUAUUAAUGAAUUGGAGUUUGCAGAGAUUUUUAAACACCUUGCUGUCAAUGAGCCACCAGCUGAGGAAAGAAGUGGUGAGAGUGCCGUACAGCAGCAGGCAGAGCCAGCCUGGACAUGUGAACAUUAACCUUUCACUUGUGUUUUACUCGGUACCUGCAGAGGACAUCCUGACCUUUACUAAUACAUGGUUAUGACAUUCAUCAGCAAGCUAUUAUGUCGUUGGGACUACCGAUCUUCUUUCAUGCAGACUGUCUUUUCACAUUUACUUUAAAUACUUUCAAAUAUUUUUAUGAACCACUGUAAAAAACACUCAGGCAGAACAGAAAGGUUUAAAAAUCAGGACUUGUGUAUUCACUACAUAGAAUAACAUGCUGCAAUAUAGGGUAUGUAUACUAGCAACACCAAUUGGCCGCAAGCUGGCUACAGUAGCGAUGGCUGUGUAGGAAGAGUUUUGGCGUUUCAGUGGGUGAAUUGCAGUGCUGUAGUGUUCCUCUUCACGUCAAGUACUGUCCAGGACUGAUUCUAAUGAACCAAGUGCGUUUGGUUUUUACUCCCGCUGCACUCGUUCAGUUCAUCCUCGCACAUCUGACAUUUUAUGGUGGAUUCAUUUUUUUUUUUGUGCACUAAGGUGAAUGGGUUUUAAACCUAAAGGAGUAUAAAAAACACACACGUAGACUGUUAUCAAUUGACCUGUUUUUAACAAACUUUCCUUUUGCACUAAUGAACACUUUUUUUUUUUUGUUUUGAUGCACAUUUCUCCACAAGUUUGAUGCACAAUUCUAACUCCUCCAUGGAAGGGUUUUCCUCUUUGUGCAGCUCCCUAGAUUUUAUAUGAGAGACUUAGAUUUCACCCAAAGCACCAACUGCUGGUGACUACACUCAAAUGUAAUGGUUGUUUUUACUUGCUGUAUAUCUGAAGGGUCUAUAGACCACUUUAUAAUGUAAACUAUAAAUGGGGGACCAUUUUUUUCUUACAGCAUUUUAGAUACGGGUAGGCAUCACGCCUCGUUGCCGCACUUGGUUUCUACUGAAACUGUUGACAUUUUAUUCGGCCCUACACACAAUAACGUUUGUUUACUGAGGAUAAUCUCCAGCUAGGGGUGUGUGUAUAUGUAGAUAUGUCUCUAUAUAGCUCUCUAUCUUGCAGCACUCUACAUUGCAUCUCUUUGCAGAGCAGUGGGACCGUUGUUUCUUCUUUAAGCCAGCAUUGCUUGUUUACAGUUUUUUGUUAUACCUUUUGAUAUACCUUGUGGUCAUAUUACCAUGGAAGAGCAUAAACAAUACUUUAAACGAGAUACACAAAGUAACGAGUCCUUUCUUAAGCCACUAAUGUAUAGAUAUAUGAUCCUUGAAGGAAUGAUGGAGAAUUUGGUAAGACAUGGACCCCUCCCCAUUAAAAUCCAUAGGAUAUUUUUGUGAUCUAUACCAUGGCUUUGCUGACAUUAUUACACUCGGCCUGAGCGUGUACAGGGUAAUCUUUUUAUAUUUUUGUAAUUUUAUCUACAGUCACAUAAUUUAAAAGUGUAGCACCUAAUGAUGGGUCGUUUUUAAAGGUAUGGCAUGGGGGAAAAAAAAAAAAAAGCACUUCACGCAUAUCAAAUAUUUUUUACUUGAAUUGUAAAAACAUUUGUGGAACUAUUUUGCUUGUACUAGGAUAAUUAAAUGUUAGCAAUUUUGUACAUUGAUCUAGGCCACCUGGGAAAUGUGUUCUUUGUCUUUGUAAAUGUGUAAAUUGUGUGUAAGGUAGUGGGAUAAUUUAGAUUUUUAUUUUUUUAAUUUUAUUGUAAUACUGAUAUUUGCAAAGCGUGCAAAUACAUUUUAAAAUUUUUGUGCAAAUUUAAAUAUUAAAAGUUGUUCCUUUC